AAAAAACAUCAUCUUAAUUACACACAAAAUCCCCCAUAAAUCCUACUGAAUUUUCUGGCGCCAUUUGUUCUUCUCUCAAAUUUUGUUUUAAAGAUUUUGCCCUUUUUCAAUUCAUACGGCUUCAGGAUUUAAUUGGAUUCAUAAAUUUAUUUCUACAUCAAAUCGUAUGUGGGAGCCAGGGAGUAUGGAGAUGGAGCAAAAGGGUUGCACCGAUUCCGGUUCGCCGCUCGGCAACUCGGAGAGCGACUCGCCGCCGUCGAGCGGCGGAGGAUUCGGCGGCGGCGGCGGUGGCGUUGUGGUCCCGGAAAUCAUUAACAUGGCGGUGAACAUAAGCAUGGAGAAAAAUGCCGGAAUGACAGGCUCGCCGGCGCAGGCUGCAUUCGUGGGGGGCGGUGGGGCAAUCAGCGGCGCUGUGGGAGGUGGACACGUCGGCGUUGGUGGUGAGGGCGGUCAGCCGGCGAUGGGGGGAAAGAAGAGGGGAAGGCCGCGGAAGUACGAUCCCGACGGCAAUUUAAGGGCUUCGUAUGUGAAAUCGCCGCCGCCGCCGCUGCCGCUGCCGGUAUUCAGCCUUUCGACGCCGUCUUCUUAUGAUUUCUCGUCCGGGCUGAAAAGGGGUCGCGGUAAGCCUUCGGCCCCUGGUAACUGGCAGCCACUUGGUUCUUUGGGCGAAUUAUUGGUGAACACAGCUGGAGGAGAUUUUACCCCACACGUGCUCACAGUAUAUACAGGCGAGGAUGUUGCUGGGAAGAUCCUUACAUUUGCUCAAAAGGGUUCAAGAGGAGUUUGUGUUCUUUCUGCCAAUGGCUCCGUCUCUAAUGUCACAAUUCGCCAACCUGGUUCAUCUGGUGGUCUUUUGACAUACGAGGGUAGAUUUGAGAUUUUAACUCUCACUGGAUCAUACACAGUUUCUGACAACAAUGGGAUUAAAAGUCGAGCAGGUGGACUAAGUGUCUCUUUGGCCAGCCCCGAUGGCCGUGUGAUUGGUGGCUGCUUAGCUGGAAUGCUAAUGGCCGCUAGUCCUAUCCAGGUUGUGAUUGGAAGCUUCAUCCCAAAUGGUUCUCAUAUGCCGAACAGAAAGCAACAGAUUGUGGCUAUAACAUCCACUCCUUUCCAGUAUGCUACAGCUACAGUCACAGCCGCCAUACCAAUAUCACAGGCGGCACCGGAAAGCAAUUUAUACCAAUUCCCGAUACAAAACUCUCAACGAGAAGCUGAUGUGGACCACCCAAACUCUGCCUCCACUGACGAUACCAGCGACUGGAAUGAUUCUGGGCCGGGCUCAGAUCAAAGGCCAUCCCCAGACAUUAACAUCUCUAUACCUGCAGACGAGCAAUAAAUUUUAAUGUCUGAUUAAAUUUUAAAUUAUUUGGCAAUUGAAAUUAUUUGUGGCAUUUAAGCAGCUGAAUUAUAGGCGUUUUAUAAAUGUGCAAGUACUUUAGAGAAGCUGACAAUAGUCAUGACUGGUGAGGAACUUCUGGGACUACAAGGAAAAAAAAUAUAUAUAUAUUUUGGAAGAGUGACUAUUAUUGAACAUUUAUUUUGAGGUGUCAAUUUUUUAUUGUAAUCAAAAUGUCUAGUGUGGCGCAUUUUGAUUGGGCAAAAUUUCUUGCUUGUUUAUUGGGAAUUCCAUGCUGUGUUAAGUUCAAUAUUUUAUUGCUUGUGCUUGGGUGAACAUUUAUAGGCCAGAGAAAGUGGAAUUAAUACUGUGACAGUGAUGGGCUGAAACGGUGGAAGUAUUUGGAUAAUUCUCG